GUGGUUUUUUUUUGUGUGUGUGUGUGGCGUUAAUUUUUCGUUAUUUCGGUAAAGUCGCGUAGAUAUUAAAUACGUAAUAAAAUAUAAUUACAAAUUAAUUGAAAAUUAUAAAGGCAACUAAAAAAAACCCACCCCCCACGACGUUUCCGCUCGCAACACGAGCGAUCUUGCUGGCUGUUAUUUCCCCCACCCACCCCUCCCCGUGCGUGGCUAAACACGUGGGGAGAGACGGAGGGAUGGGAAGUGCGUUGUGGAAUUCCGCGGAAGCUUUAAGGGAAGAGAAAUACUCAAACGAAUGAUAAUCUUUGUGUGUUUUUUAAUACACUGGAGGAGGAAUCCGAUAAGCUGUAAAGCUCUUUAUUUUUUUUUAUCCACAGCGGCAGCAGCAGCGGCGGCGGCGGCGAUCUUUGCGGAUCUGGGUGGCGAGAUUCUCGGGUGGCGACAGCAGCAGAUGGUGGUGGUGGAAAUUAAUUGAAUUUAAAAGCCAGAAUGUCAAAAAAGCAACCGCAGACAAGGGACAAGGAAUCUUUUCAGAGGAUGAAUUACCUUUACCAGGCGGCGCACUGCGUGCUGGCGCAGAACCCGGAGAACCAGGAGCUGGUCCGGUUCUACACCCACACCAUGAGGACCAUCGGGCGCCGGCUGGUGAUAAAGAGCGAUCCGUCCAUCAAGCGGAACGUGUGCAAGCGCUGCAGCUCCCUGCUGGUGCCUGGCAUCACGGCCACCGUCAGGCUGAGAGGCCGGCGGCACCGCCGCGUCUCCGUGCGCUGCCUGUGCUGCUCUGCCACCAAGCGCUUCCCCGCACGGACGCGCUUCUCGCUCUGGAGCGAGCGCCCGGAGGCGCAGCUCGCCGAGCCGCAGAGGGGACCUCCAGCGCCGGCUCCAGCUGCGGCUCCAGCUGCGGUUCCAGAGCCAGCUCCAGCUCCAGAGCCAGCUCCAGCUGCGGUUCCAGCUUCAGCACCGACUCCAGCGCAGACUCCAAUGCCGGCUGCAGCACUGGCUCCAGCUGCGGCUCCAGCGCAGGCUCCAACGCCAGCUUCAGCACCGGCUCCAGCUGCGGCUCCAGCGCAGGCUCCAACGCCAGCUUCAGGGCCAGCGCCAGUCUGAGCUCCAGCCCCAGCUGCAGCUUUAGAUAGUCUAGGGAUCUCCAUGUGAGUCUAGGGGUCUCCGUGUGCGUCUAGGGGUCUCCGUGUGAGUCUAGGGUCUCCGUGUGAGUCUAGGG